AUGGACACAAGAAAAUAUAAAUAAUUAUCAAGCAAAACAGAAUACGUUCCAAGCAAUUAUAAUGAUCAAAUUCUUGAAGAUAAAGACACAAUCCUUUAAUAUGAUAAAAUAAAAAACGAUUAUAAAUAUUUAGAUGCCACCAUCUUUAAUCUUUGUGAAAAGAUUGCGAUUGGAAAUAAACUUUAAGAAUUAUAUUUCACAAAUCAAUAGCAAUCAUUAAAUAAAUCAUCCCUGCCUAAAUUUAUGAAGUUUUAUGUGCAUAACACAGCUCUUGUUCCGAUUUUUUGUUUUUCUAUUGUAUUCAUGAAGUGGAGAAAGUCUCUCACAUUACAUAAAACAGUGUUAUUAUUAUGUGGAAUGUCCUUAACUAAUGAAUUUUUCAAAUACUAAAAUUGUAUUUAGAUGGACGAAAGUCUGGCCAAAGCCUAUAAAGAACACACACAAGCUUAUGAUGAUCUCUUUGGAAACCUUAUCUAAACAUUAACAUUCAAAGAUGUAUUGAGACUCCUUUUUAACAUCGAUUUAAAAAAAGAAAAAUUACAAAGUGAAUCACAUUAUGAUAAUCUCCUAGUUGAAGAUUUUGCAAUGAAUUAUUAUUGA